AUGAGCCAGGAGGGAAGAAAUUUAAACCAGUGUCCUAAAAAUGGAGAAGCAAAAAAUCUAACACAGAUCUCAGAAUUCCAUCUCACGAUGCUCUCAGAUGAUCCAGAAAUGCAGCCCAUCCUGUUUGGAGUGUUUCUGUCCAUGUACCUGGUGACAGUGCUUGGGAACCUUCUCAUCAUCCUUGCCAUCAGCUGUGACUUCCACCUCCACACCCCCAUGUACUAUUUCCUCUCCAACCUGUCCUUGGCAGACAUCUGUUUCAUCUCCACCACAGUCCCAAAUAUGAUUAUGAACAUCCAGAGUCAUACCAGAAUCAUUUCCUAUGUGGGAUGCCUGUCACAGAUGUCUCUUUUUCUCAUUUUUGGAAAUACAGAUGAUAUGCUUCUGACUGUGAUGGCUUAUGACCGGUUUGUGGCCAUCUGUCACCCCCUGCAUUACACUAUUGUUAUGAACCCUCGACACUGUAGAUUUUUAGUUUGGGUGUCAUUGUUAGUUAGCACUUUGGGCUGCCUGGUACACAAUGCAAUUGUGUUACGAUUUAAAUACUUCAAGAAGGUGGAAAUUUCUAAUUUUUAUUGUGACCCUUCUCAACUCCUUAAUCUUAUUUGUUCUGACACCAUCUCUACUAAUGUGGUCCAGUAUUUUCUUGCCACAAUAUAUGGUUUUCUUCCCAUCACAGGGAUCCUAUUUUCGUAUUAUAAAAUUGUUUCUUCCAUUCUGAGGAUCCCAUCAGGUGCAAAGUAUAAAGCCUUCUCGACCUGUGGGUCUCACCUUUGUGUUGUUUGCUUAUUUUAUGGAACAGCCAUUGGAGUGUACCUUGGGUCAGCUGUAUCACAUUCUCCUAGAAACAGUGAAGUGGCCUCACUGAUGUACACUCUGAUCACGCCUAUGCUGAAUCCCUUCAUCUACAGUCUUAGGAACAGGGACAUCAAAAGAGCCCUAUUAAAACUCUAA